CAGUGCAAUGCAACUCCAGUCCCAAUCUUUAUCUCCAUCACAUCCUGACUCACAACCCUACUGCCGUGUCCAUCACUGUCCUCAACCCAUCUUCAACCCCAUUCUUAUCCCAACCACAGCCUUGACUCCAACACUAGCUCAAACUCACCUGUCUUUAACUUAGGGUAAACAAUUGUCCCAGUUUGCCCAGGACUGAGUGAUUUCCUGGGAUGUGGGACUUCCAGUUUUAAAACUGGGCAAGUCCUGGAUGAUCCAGGAUGGUUGGUCACUCUGUCCCCAUCCCUACCCUCAAUUCCAUUCUUAUGCUCAACCCUAUCCCUAGCUUUCCAUUUCAUCCCAGUCCUGGUUCCAUCCCUGCCUCUGAUCUGUUUCCGACCCUCAUACCAGCUCUAAUCCUGAACUUCUCUUCUGCAGAUUCAAUGGCUCCACCCAGGCCUCCCAGGGCAGGAAAUAAAACGGACAACCCCCCACUUCCCUGCAAGUCCCCAAAGAUCAAAGGCCUGGACCUCACCCCUGUCCCCCAAACAUCUCCUCAACUGGGUGUCAAUCUGGAGCAUCCUCCGUUCCAGCCAUCCCUAGCUAUAACUCCAGUGUCCCAGCUCAGUCAGAAGUCCAGGUGUCCUGGAUGCUAUCAGGAGGAGAGACUGGUGGUGCACCUGUGCCUGCUGGUGGUGGUGUCCCUGGUCCUGGGCUGCACUGGUCUGGCUGUGACUCUGAUUAAGUACCAGGAGUUGGUGGAAGAGCUGAAGAUAUUAACCUUUCAGCAGAUGGCAUGGCAAACAAAUGUGACUGGCAUGGCAGGGAUAGCUGGCCUGAAGAAAGACAUUGACCACAUAAGAACUAACACCAACCAGUCCCUCCGAGAACUUCGGGGGUUAUUAGAUUGUACCAGGGUCAUCUGCCCGGAGGGUUGGGUCCCUUUUGAAGGAAAGUGUUACUACUUCUCCCCAACCACCAAGUCAUGGGAUGAAGCACGGAAGUUCUGCCAGGAGAAUUAUUCUCACUUGGUCAUCAUCAGUAGCUUUGCUGAACAGAACUUUGUGGCUAAGGCUCAUGGCUCUCCACGGGUAUACUGGCUGGGGCUGAAUGACAGGGACCAUGAAGGGGACUGGAAGUGGCUGGAUGGGUCACCUGUCACUCUGAGCUUUUGGGACCCAGAGGAACCCAACAACCUCUUUGAUGAGGACUGUGCCAGCAUGAACAAAGGUGGCACCUGGAAUGACCUCUCUUGUGACAAGACUACAUAUUGGAUCUGUGAGCGGAAAUGUUCCUGUUGAACCUCACAGCUGAGGGUGGGUGUGACUCUUUAUCCAGUGCUCCUUGGCUCUUGGGGGUGAGAACCUUCUGCCCUUCCACGGAGGACUGCCUUUCCAUGAGCCGACAUGGAUAUAGCUAAGAUGGAACCAGGAGCUUGGAUAUUGCAAGCCCCCUUGGGUGCAAGUGAGAGCAUUUCUAGGGUGAGGAUUUGAGGGCUUGUUCUUUUUUGUUUCUAAUAUUUAUUUAUUUGGGAGAGACAGUGA